AUCGCGCUGAUAUUGUUGAAACAAUGGCUGGAAAUGCAUUUCAUGUGGAGGUUCUUACCAAAAGCAUCAAUGAACUUCAACAAGAGAAAGCAAGGAAUGAGCAGAAACUGAGAGAGGUGAGAAGUAAACGGAAAACUCUGGCAAAGAAGUUUGAAAGUGCUUCUGUAAAGCAUAACCAGUUGGCAGAGAAAAUUUCAAAACUGAAUGAGACCUUGAAGAUAGCACAGCAUAAAGUUCAACAGUCUCAGACUGAACUUGACGGUCAGCUGGGUUUAAACAACCAGGUUCAAGCUCAGGUACAGCAUGUAGAAGAUACAAUGAAGGACGGGAAAGAACGACACAUUAAAGACAUGUAA